UUCUCGGAGGCGGAGCUUGUGAAACAAUGCUUGUUUCAUCGCAGAAGAGUUUACCGAGAGCUACAGUGGUGUGAGUACAGGGCCUUCCCCCCCGUAUGUGCUUUCGCUCUGCGUAACUACGGAUGGGUUGUAAAUGGAGUCUAAAUUUUCCACCACACGUCUCACGGAUUUUGCGAAGAAACUGGAUUUUAUAAACUGAGUCGCCAUUUCAAGUCGGCAGAAUGCCGGAUAAGGACACUGAUUUGCCUGGGAAUCUAGGGACAUUAUAGCCAAUAAGACUGGCUUAUUCGGAUUUACCCGGACUGUUUCUUUGAUCAAGUUGGGUCAUUGUGGAUGAUGGAUGGCCGAGACUUCGGACCCCCCAGAUCUGUUCACGUACCGCCGCCCCUUCUCUCGGGAUUGUCCAUGGAGUCACACCGGCUCGGCGCGGCCGCUGCGGCCGGCAGAGUGCCGCCGUCUCCCGGUCAUGUGGGCGCGGGACACCCGGCGGCUCUGCACACUGGAAAAUAUCUUUCAUCGGCCAUGAACCUACAUUCUCACCACAGUGAUGCCUUCCCAGGUGCCUCUAGUCCAUUCCUUGGCGGAUACGUCAGCGCCUCCAGUGCUCAUGGAUCAUCGGAUCCAGGCUUUCGAGCCCCAAACCCAGCCAGCUUGCAAAUGGCCCAGCUCUGGGCUUCUCACACUCAUGAAGGUUUUCCUCAUUUGCCAAGCAGUUUGUACCCCAGCCAUUACAUUCCCUUGGGCCACCUUGAGCAUCCACAGCUCAGCCAACAUGCUCUCUUUGACUCACAAAAAGAGGGGUUUUACCUGCCAGGUUCAGUGCACUCCCAUUCUGCAAUGGCCCGGAGCCCAGUGGCUCACAUGCCCGUCUCCUUCUCCAGGGAAAAGGAGGCCCUGCCUCCUCACAAAAGCUCUAAAGACUCGAGCAGGGAUCUGGUAAAAGAGAAGCCCUCUAAGAGUGACCUAGGUCACUCCCUUCCAAGGAAGGAACGAGAAAGGCCAAAAGAGGAGUCACGGUCCCACAGUGUGGUGGACCUCACCUUGGAUGUCAAGGCAGAAGAUGAGCGUAGAGUGAGCAACUCGGAGAGGUCUGCAAAAACUUCGGAGCAUGCUCGGUCUUUCUCUUAUCAGCACUCGCCUGCUCUGAGCACCAUGGACACUAAACCCAAACAAUCUCACCACAGUUUACUUGGCAACUGCGGGACAAGCAGCAGCAUGCCAACCCGACACCCAAGUACAGAACAGGACAGGAGGGACAGGGACCGAGAUGACGAAACCAGCCGGCCAGGGGGCCACCUUUCCUCCGACAAGCAGAGAAGAUGUGAUUCGGUUGCAACAUCAGCUGGCACUCUGCAUGUGUCAUAUGCCAGUCCCUCUUCUCUGCAGCCCAACCCAUCCCAUCUCCCGCCCAGGCUGGUGUCCUCUGGCACCUACCCUCCCCCUCACCACAUGCCGCCCAGCAUGUACCCGCUCUACUCUACAUCAAAAGAGCCAGGCAAAGAACACAGAGUGAUAGCUCCUACUUAUGUGCCUUCUGUCGAGGUUUACGAUGAGCGAAAGGGGCCAAUUCAAAUUGCCUCCCAAGCUCGAGAUAAUAAAAAUGACAAGAGCAGGGAGAGGGACUCACACAGAUCAGCCCUGCAGGUGGGGAAUGAGAGAACACAUAUGGACCAUGGUCGGUCCUCUGUUAAGAGUGAGUCUCCCCCUCACGGGGACUUUAAGAAAGACAUUUUACGCGAGGAAGGCUCGAUAAUUAGGUCAAAUGGUUUGGCCAUGAAAAAGCCCUUGCAUUUGGAAAUGUGCACAAAUAAAUCUGGAAACGGUCCAGAUGCCAGGGACUUAUCCAACACUACAUCAAAACACAUGAUCAGAAUGGGACUUGAGACUGAAUCUCGCAGCCAAGAGAGGGACAGGGCUCAAAGGUCUGCCAAUCCGUUUUCUGGAAUGGAUCCAGCUACGCCUCACUCGGAACAGAAUCCGUUGAAGGCCUUGGGUUCUGCUGAACCCAAAUGGAAGCCUUUCGAGAUGGGCAAUUAUGCUACCAGUCACAUUGCCGCAUUGGCAGCCCAACACACCCAUGGCCCCAGAGGUGAAGAAGAGGGCAAGCGAAUGUACCUGGACAAUACUGGCUUACAUAGACCGGUAAGCAGUGCCGGAAGUCCCAAGGGGCACGGGGAGGUUUCGGCCAUGCAAAGCCUCAUCAAGUACAGUGGCAACUUCUCCAGCGAGUCUGGCUCCAUGCACGGAUCUGAUAGUCGUAGUCCUUUUGGAGGACUGGGAAGCAUGAAACUGGAGGCUGGUUAUCCCGGAGUGUCUAGAGUUCAGCACCUUCCACCCCAGCAGUCUGGAAAGCAGUUGAAGAAGGAACCUGAGAGACCUGAGAGUGCGAAGUCCUUUGGCAGAGAAGGAAACUCUUCUCAGGGGGAUGGGGAGGUUCGUCAUCCACCGGUAGGCAUUGCAGUGGCUGUUGCCCGCCAGAGGGACAACAGCAGCAAGCCCAGCUCUGUAUCGGAUAGGGACAGGACAAUUCUUGGAGGAACCAUCAAAGGCCCAAUCCACAGAGAGGAAGAGCAUGGAGAUGAGAGGACACAUCACGGCGACGAGCGCCUAUUGUCGGGGCGUGUGGAGCGUGAGCAGGAGAAAGUGUUAAGAGAAAAUAAGGAGUUGGCAGACUACACCCAGUUGCAUCCACCUAUGGUGUCUGCUAGUGGACUAAACCCCAACCUGAUGGUAACUGGUGGACCCACUCUGGCUGGUGCAGGCCGCUGGCCCGCUGAUCCCGCCUCCCACCUGGCCUCCCACCCAUGGCUGCCCCGGUCAGCAGCCCCCUCCAUGUGGUUGUCUGGUUCUCCAUAUGGUCUGGGUCCCCCUUCCCUUCAUCAGGCGCUGCCUCCAGGAUAUCCUCCUGCCUUGACAGGCUCCAUCCCCCCACCUUACCAGUUUGCCCGAGAUCCUCAAACCGGGCAGGUGGUCGUUAUUCCGACAGAGCAUCUGUCACACUAUGCUGAAAUGUUAGAGCGAGGCCCCCCGCUGUGGUCGGCCAUGUACCCAGCAGCAGGAAGCUCUCUGCAGCAUGCCCAUCAGCUCCAGCUCCUCUCCCACCAGCAGCUCCUGCGCCAACAGGAGCUCUUCAUGAUCCAGCACCAGACCGCACAGGUCAUGGAGUUGCAAAGGAACGCACAGUUAGUGGAGAGAUUAAAUGCAAGUCAUACAAGAACAGAUUUGGAGGAAAAGCCAGACAAGAGAGGAGCCGAAGGGGCCAAAUCCAGCCUCUCGGGCAUCCCCACUCCAGCCCUGCACUCACGUAAGCCUCCCCCACGCUCCCAAACCCCCUCCACCUCGUACAGCAGAGCCCUUACACCGCUGCCCGUCCCACUGCUGACUUCGUCUGUCACUGCACUGAAGUCUGAGGAAAGACCCAAAGUGGAGAAGUCCCUCCCUCAGCAGCCCUACUCCCAUCCGUCGUCUCCAGUCUCUCACUCAGUCAGGCCCGCUUCAGCAUCACCCCGUCCUGCCUCCCCCAUCCAGACCAAAGAGGAAUCUGUGGAAGUGACUGAGAAAGAACCUCUCAGUCUGCAGAAGCAAUCUUCUACUCCCUUCCCAUCCAUGUACCAUGAAAUUCCUCCCGGCUACCCAUACCAAUCGAUAACCGCACCUUUCGGCAGCCAUUACCCCUACCUCCUCCAGCCGGCUGCUGCUGCAGAUGCUGACAGCCUGGCUCCAGAUGUGCCGUUGCCGGCUGAGACCUCCGAGCACUUGGCAUCCGCCACAGAUGUCAAACCCCAGCACUUGUGUUCUCCAGUGGUUGUCGAGCCACUUCAGCCGUCCAGAGAGCCAGAGUCCAUGGAAGAGGGCGGCACUGUGUUCAAAAAAGAGCCAAACCUGCAAGACGGCAAAGAUGUCCUGGGCCAGGACACCCUGAGGCUUGCACCUAUCACCACUCAAGACUCUAGCACCACCACAGCAGCCGAGGCACACCUUAGAGACACAGCCACGCCAUCGCCAGAGGAGGAAUCAGAUGGGGAGGCUGUCAAAAUCAAAGAUGCCUCCUCAAGCCAUCCAGGGCUGUACGAAACAUCUAGGUCAGACUCUGAGAGAACCACCAGAGCAGAAACUACAGAGGGCUCAAUGGGUCUGGUUGACCAAGUCUACAAAUCUUCAUCUAAUUACAGUGACACACACCAUAUAGUUUGUGACAUCCAUCCAGCAAAACUGCCCUCAGAUCUCUCUGAUAGCCUGAACCCAGUAGACCUCGGAGAUCCUGUCCCGGACGCUCCACACCUGGAGUCCAAACUUGACAAUCCUUUCCUGCCUAACAGCAGCCCUCCUCACCUUCAGCCCUCUUCUGCACCGGUGACCAUCCUGCCUGAAGACCCCAUGGCAGGCAUGUUUGCCCUGAUCACAGCCAGUGAGCUUCCGCAGGCCGGAGCGGUGUCCAUCCUGGCAGAUGCAUGUGGCUCUAGGUCCGAGCUCUGCACGAUUGUCAGUCCCCUGGAGUCCGCUGCUCUGGAAGGCAUGGCCCUGCUCAGCCAGAUGGCAGAGCUGGAGCUUCAGAGGCAACCCAUAGUAGACACACAAGCUGUAAUGCUCUGUGGACUGGAGAGUCUGCUGGAAGCUGGCAGGCAGGUCCUCCUGGAGGCCAUCGAGUGUCAACCUCAGGUUAUCAUCCGUCUCCCCCGAGAGCUCAACCCUAAUAAGAAAUACAGCUGGAGACAGAAGAAAGAUGAACCUAUGUUCUCCAAAUCCUCUUUGGAGGGAAUGGACACCGUGGAAGUGGACUACCGUGUAAGACUCGCUGAACUACAGCAGUGCUACAAAGAAAAGCAACGAGAGCUGGUCAGACUGCAGAGACGGAGAGAUAAAGAAGAGAAACGUCAGCAACAACAACAACAACAACAACAACAGAUUCAGCAGCAGGAAAUGAACAGAAGUUUAGCCCGCAGGGGCCCAGGACGUCCCCGAAAAAGGAAACAUGGCCUAUGUGCACUGUCUCCGCCCUCCAGCAAGCUAGAUUCGAAGUGUGCGAAGUUGGGCAGAAGCGUGCUUUACUCGGAGGACUCUGAGAGCGGGGAGGUGCUGAGGAAGCGCUUUCGGGCCUCUAACAGAGAUGAGGAGGAGGAAGGUAGCAGUGCGUUGAGAUUGAAGAAGAAAAAAAAGAGCUGGAGUGAGCAGGAGGCAUCUUCAUGCUUCUCUCAUGAGGCACCUAAAAUGGCUGUGAAGAAGAGCCGAGUGAGCGAGCAGGAGCAGUUGGCAUCCAAACUGGACAAGGCCUUGUCCCUCACUAAGCUCAGCAAACUCAGCAAGCCCUCUUGUAAGUUCAUAGAUGGUUCCUCAGGGAAGUCCAGGGCUAGUUCUGGAAGCAGAGUCCCCAUGCUCACCGAUAUAGACAUGAGAGUCGAGAUGGGAGAAUCCAACCUAUUGAAAGAUCUCAGUGUUUUUCACAAGUCUUCCAAAGGAGGUAAAAGCAAAAUUGCUGCCAAUACGAAGCCUUCAGUUCCAUGCCUUAAGGGAAAAGGCCAGCGGAAAGCCCCUUAUUCUCCAAUGAGGUCAGAAAUCAGCAGCUACUCUAACAACACUGAUUCAGAAGAGGACAAUUCCCUGAAGGAUGGCUGGCCUCCCAGCUCCAUGUUGGGGAGAAAAGGGUCCCGUCCACAGCUCCCCGGCCUGUGCAGCACUCCAUCCAAGAAAAAACGCUCAUCGUCCAAGAGAGCCUCUUCAUCUUUGUCUUCAUCACUGAAGUCGAAGCAGGCGGCCAAAGAGAGGAAACAUAAGCACUUUGCUUUAUUGCUACAGGAGGCAGGAGUCAGCUCCUCUGAGGACUCAUUUGAUCAAGAGUAUUUUACCGAGCGGGAUGAUUAUGAUGAUGACGAGGAUGAAGAUGGGUAUGAUUACGAGCUUGAUGAAAGCGACGGCCUGUGUUCAUCUUCCGUAGAAGAGAGCGGGCUGGGUCUUCUGGCACGUUUUGCCGCCAGCGCUAUCCCGAGCCCCAUUGUCACCAAUCCACUCUCCGUUGUCCAGCUGGAGGCUAAACAGAAAGCCAAGAAGAAAGAGGAACGGCAGAGCCUUCUGGGCACAGAGUUCGAGUUUACAGAUUCGGAGUGCGAUGUUAAGAGGAGAAAGAAGUUUCCAUCGCUUUUGCAUGGCAAGCGGUCGGCUCCUGAGCUCCCGCUCUUGCCCCCGGCGAGCAUCAUGCGUGACGACUCCAGCCCCAGCAAGCGGGGACGCAAACCCAAGAAACUUAAGUCUCCCCGGGAGUUCAGUUUCGACCUUACUGCUGACGGGAGCGAAGACGAACAAUGGACACGGCGGAGGAGCGAACGCAUCUUCCUUCACGAUGCUGCCCAAGCCAACCCCAUCUCCCCGUCCAGCAAAACUCCUCUUCCGCUUACUUCCAAACCUGCACGUGGCUCCAAAGCAUCCCUGCAGAGCCCUAAGGAGCUGGCCAAAGGCAAGGAUGUGAAAGACCCCAACACGAAGAAGAGGAUUAAGGAGACCCCACUGUGUCUGUCCCCACCCCAGCUCUCCAGUACACCCUCAGACAGCACCGGAGCUCUCCCUGUCAGCCCAGGGCGCAAGAGCAAGGUGAAGCCCAAAACCAGAGAGCAGGCUCGAGGGAAGGGCGGUGCUGUCAGCAAACUGAUGGAAAGUAUGGCUGCUGAUGAGGACUUUGAGCCCAACCAGGACAGCAGCUUCUCCGAGGAUGAGAAUCCCCCUGUGAGCACUCAGCCCGAAAGACCCUGCACCCCCGCCCCUCGGAACUGUGUCAUUAACAAAGAUGAACUGCAGGAUGGGUUACGGGUCCUCAUCCCUAUGGAUGACAAACUCCUGUAUGCUGGCCAUGUCAACACGGUUCACUCUCCUGACAUAUACAGCGUGGUAGUGGAGGGCGAGAGGGGGAACAGGCCACAUAUCUACUGCCUGGAACAGCUGCUACAGGAGGCGAUUAUUGAUGUGAAACCCCCCUCCGUUAGAUACCUUCCCCAGGGGACCCGGAUUGCAGCCUACUGGAGCCAGCAGUACCGUUGCCUCUACCCUGGCACGGUCGUCAGAGGGAGCUCAGACAUGGAAGAAGUGGACGAUUUGAUUACAGUUGAGUUUGACGAUGGAGACACUGGCCGAAUCCCGCUCUCUCAUAUUAGGCUGCUGCCGGCGGACUACAAGAUUCAAUGUGCCGAACCGUCCCCUGCUCUCCUCGUGGCCAGCACCAAAAAGCGAGGAAGGAAGUGCAGUAAGGAUGUACCUGAUGGCAAAGAGACAUCACCUAAAAACACAGAGGAGUCUGCUCCGAAAAGCAGGGGCCGAGGAAGAAAACCCAAACCCAAGCCCGAGCUUGAAGUCGCUCCAAAGGAGCAUGAAAAGCCUGACACACCAACCCCAACACAGGUCCUCGAGAGGCCCCUGUCCGGCCAGAAAAGCAUCCCACCGCCAGCUAGAAAAAUUAAGCAAGUCUGCAAAGCCAGCCCCUCCAUCCCUGUAUCUAAUGAAAGCCAGAAGAAAACCACAGGAAUCAAGCCCCUAGCCAAAGUCCGUUCCCAGCCGCAGUCUGCCUACUCGCCGCCGCUUUAUGGAAAAGUUCUGUCUGUGGAUCUCUAUAAUGAGCCCUCCACUUCUCUGGCCUCCUUUAUUUCCAGCAAUGAGACUGCGAGUCCUGCGGGGAAAGGAAAGCCGGUCAAACGCUUGCGAAAGCCUGAGGAGGAGGCAUCUGGGUUUGGUGUGAAAACACAACGCAAACAACCCCAGACCGAGAUCCUUGUCAAACUAGACCAUGAAGGAGUCAUGUCACCCAAAACCAAGAAGACCAAAGCCCUCAUGAUGAUGAAGGGCCAAAACCUCUCCAAAAGAGAGAACAAGUCUGUCAUGGGUGUCAGCUACACUACGAUAUCCACUGCUGGCAAAACACUGAAAGCUAAAAACAAGGUAGGUGAGGCAGACCCGCCUACUUCUAACGAGAGCGUGUCCACCUACUGUGUUCGUAAGCUUGGCAGUGGCAGUGAGGGUCUGAUGAAGGUGAGCAACUCCGGAGAGAAAGUGAAGAAAGAACUGGAGUGUCCCAACUGUAGUAGCAGCAGCAGCAGCUCGGAGUCCGACGGAGAAGAGGAGCGAGGGGCCUCGCAGGAAAAGAAGUCCAAACAAGACUCGACCAGCUCCAGCAGCUCACGGGCUUCAAGUCCCACCUCUUCCAGCUCAUCCACAAGCAGUUCCUCAUCCUCAGCUGGUUCUCACUCCUCCUCCUCAUCAUCAUCCUCCACCACCAGCGAUGAAGAAUCGUCCUGUAGCUCAGAUGAAGAACUGGUUGCUGUUUCUCAACCGUCCCCAUCCGCAGAGCAUGUACCACCUCAAGAGGAGGAAGACGAGAAGGUCGAGUCAAAAACGGGGCCUGGCGCCAAGCAGGCGUCUGACACACAGCAGCAGAAGCCCCAGAGACCGCAGAAGGUGAAGCAGGGUGUCGGUCGCCCCAAAAGACGAGAGGGAGUCCACCUCCCAACAACUAAGGAGCUGGCAAAAAGACAGAGGCUUCCCUCCGUCGAGAACAGACCCAAGAUCUCUGCUUUCCUUCCUGCCAGACAACUGUGGAAGUGGUUUGGAAAGCCUACUCAGAGGCGGGGAAUGAAAGGGAAGGCAAAGAAGCUUUUCUACAAAGCCAUAAUGCGUGGGAAGGAAAUGAUCCGUAUUGGAGACUGUGCUGUGUUCCUGUCUGCCGGACGACCCAACCUCCCCUUCAUUGGACACAUCCAGAGCAUGUGGGAGUCCUGGGGAAACAACAUGGUGGUCCGUGUCAAGUGGUUCUAUCAUCCUGAGGAAACCAACCCUGGAAAGAAACUUCAUGACAAAAAGAACUGGGAUCAAAUGUCUGGCCAAAGUCUUCCUGCUGUUCUGCAGGCUUCCAGCCAGAGAAAAGACUUCAUGGAGCGGGCCCUCUACCAGUCCUCUCACAUUGAUGAGAAUGACGUCCAGACCAUUUCUCAUAAAUGUCUGGUGGUCAGCCUUGAGCAAUAUGAGCAGAUGAUUAAAACGAAGAAGUACCAAGACAGCGAAGACCUCUACUACCUGGCCGGCACUUAUGAACCCACCACUGGAAUGAUAUUCAACACGGAUGGGGUUCCUGUUAUCUGCUGAGGAUCAACAAAUAAGACCUGUGGAGCUAAACAAAUGAGAAACAAGGGCUAGACAGAUGUUUUGGCUUUACCCAAAGCCCGACUAAUCAGAUGAGUUCAGAAAACGUCCUGACAAAGACAAAAGCGUCCGUUGAGAAACUACUUCAACAGAUGUCAUCAUGUGUGCACAUCAUUUCAAACGCGAUGGUUGACGGUAUUGAAAGUGUUUGGUCUGUUAAUGGGGCACAUUGUUCAGGAAUCUCAAGUUGAAGAGUAAAAUGUGUCAAAGAAAGUGAAAGCACGUCAAAAAUGUCUCGAAGGUCAACUGCAUCUGCACCGCUGAGCCCUGUUUUCCUCAGCCAUCACCGGUGCGGCUGAAAUGGAGGUGACACCACUUCUGCAGGACUCAUUCUCCGGGUGAGAAGGCCUGCUUGCAACCAGCUUCCUUGGCCGUGGGACCAACAACAGAAAGAGUAAUUAAAGCUGACAGGCCUCGUCACACUUUUGCCCUAAGAGUCAUCCCCACCACAUGCUCCGCUGUCCAGCUACUGCUGCUAGAUCCCUGGCAGAACUUCAAGAGCUGGCUAAUGAACUCAGACGGGUAAAACGAUAGCAGACGUAAAGCUGCGGCUCAUGUGAGAUGCACUUAAGGACAGAACUGUGGUCUGAGAGCCUGCAAGGACUCUUUUUUAAUAGGAAAGUGUGUCAUUUUUCCACCAAGCAGUUUAGAAGAUCUAUCUGAAUAUUUAUAUACGAUCCCUGCAUCUCAGCCGUGAAAUAAAAGGUUUCUUUAGGCAGAAAGGUUUCUUUUUAAGAGUCAAGGGCUCUACUGGGACGGAAACAGAUGUAGAUGACGCCUGUUUGUAAAUACAUGCAUACAAGGUAUAUACGAUAUGAACAAAUAUAUUUUAUUUUCGUGCACCAUAGAUUUAUGUGACCGUAAUUAUUUUCAAAGCAGCAAAUAAAAAAAAUUUAAAUGAAAAAAGCUUUAAUAAACUGUGAAUAAUGUUUAAAUUUGAACAAAUAUCAGGAACUAAUUUUAGAGUACGGAUCUUUGUAAGUUGUUACUGGAAUCUACAGAUGCCCACUACAUUUUCGACGUAAUGUAAUGUAAUCUUGAUAUCAAAACUACUAUUACAGGACAAAUGGUUUGUGGGAUUUGACCGUGUUCGAAGCCAGUUGUCCCAUAAUACAGUUUUACAACAGAAAGCACUUAAAUUCUGCCCUUGGUCUUACACAGGACAGACUUCCCUUGACAAUCCCCUGUUCAGGUGGACGGGAAAACCAUUUUAGUUCUCUCAUUGCUUCCCAGGGUCAGUGAGAGACAAGAGAAUGAGAGUUUAAAAGCAACAUAUAAUCAGGCCACGCUUGCUUAUAAUGUCUAUUUUACUCUGCUUUCUCUUUUUUGCUAGAAUUAUCCCCCACAGAAAGCAAGUACAUCUCAUGCAUGAAAGCACUUUCUUCAAACAAAUAGCAGCAGCACAGGUGACGUUAUCUGUUAGCUCUGAAAGUUGAACGCGGAGUUGUUUUUUGCCUUUUUUGCGUCUACGUUUAUUUUUUUUCUCUAGGUCGGCUUUUAUUCUAAGCAUUUUCUGGUUCGUUCUUAAUAGCCUUAACCUUGGUCCCUAAAAGCAAAGUCUGAAUGUCGUCUUUGAAAAUAGGUCCUUCUGAUUGAUAUCAUGCUCCAGAGAAAGUGCCAUCAAUCAUCAGAGGCAGUUAGGACCAGGCUAUGUUUUCGCUGCUUCUCUAAUCAAGACCAGUCAAAUGUAUUUGAUUUAUGGCUUCCUUGCAUGGAUGAAGAGACUAGCAAACACCUUAUUUGCUUAAUUGUAAUUAUGGUUCUUAUUUGUGCCUCAUUUUUACGGUUCAAAGGAGGUAUGAAUGUCUUUGUUUUGAAGGUCGGACAGUGUUUGGACACUAUGUAUGUAUCUUUUUAAAAUAAUGAAACAAAAAAUGUAGUGAUCUGUACUGAUCUUUUUUUUUUUUUUUUUUUUUUAUUAUGGUUACCAAGAUAUAUAGAAAAGAUGAGGUUAGAGGCUACUUUUUAUUGUUGUUGUCUACAGUUGACCAGCCUAAUUUUUUAAACUGUCAUUUUUUUCUACCUCCCCACCUUGGUUGAACGUUUCAUGUUUUUGAUUUUUAAUAUUUUCUCUUAUUUUUACACUUGUGCAAGAAAUGUCACUGCACCUGGGCUUUUAAACCAUUGUCUGUUUUGAAUUCUUUCGCCAUGAUGAAUACCUUGAUGUCUUUGUGAAUGAUGUUCAUCGGAUACUUAUUGGUUCUUUCUGUUGUUUUAUUUUAUUUUUUCCCUCAUUUUUUGUGGGAGAAUGAGAUCAAGAAGGGUAUGGACACUAGAGACUUCCAGUCUUUUGUGAUUGGAAAAUAUUUGGCCUACUCAGUAUUUCAUAAAUUUCUUUAUAUUAUAGAAAUGUUGACACUAUUACGUAUAGAAGAACAGUCUGAAAUGUAUAUUUUUUUUCAUGUACAUUUCAUAUUACAUUUCCCAGUCUCUCUUAAAGAGAUAUUAUCUUGUUGAUAUUCAAUAGGUUGUAUUUCUGAACAUGUUUUAUCAUUGUAUGUGUGGUCUUGAGGCUUAAAACGAUACUCAGCCUAAUCUGGUUUGGACUGUUUUUCUAAAUCACCUAAUUUGGUUGAGGAUUUUACGCAUACCCAAAGCUGAUUCAAAUGCCAAAUGAUCUUCAAAUGCACAGUGAAUCUGAAGCAACAUUAAGCAAGCUCUUUUUGAUUUGACACAAUCUUUUAAAUGCAGAUCUGUGUUGAAUGUUUUUGCCUGUUUAGCGAGUUGUACAAUUUAAGUGCCCCUCAAAACAAACGUUUACUCUGAGCUUGAGACAAGCUGUAAAGCACUUUUUAAGAGUAUUUUUUGUCUGCAUGUUUUAGAAAUCGCGUAUAUGCUUCUAGGAAUAAUAACAGAGCAAUCAACUAAAGUAUAUUUUGCUUAUUGUGACAUAGUGUAACUGAAUGGAGGUCAGAGUUCAUCCCUUUACCUUGGGUCACUGAAUGAGACAGUGGCCUCUGCUGGUAGCAGGCAUAAGGGAUGAAUCGCUGAUGUCCUCUGCUACUCGUCCAGGGUCUGUUUGAGCGUAUCUUAUGAUGUAUAAGGUUUAAAUGGCUUAUUAGAAAACAGUGUAUAGCCAAGUAGAAGCGUUAUAGAGUUCACUGUUUGCAUGAUUCGUUUUUUUUCUUUCUUUGACAUUCCCCCUCUCUGAACAAUUGUCCUCCAUGGUUAAUGUGCAAUACUGCUGUAUUUGGAUUGUGUGUGGUAGCUGCUAGUGAGGGAAGGAACGUGUUCAUGAAUGUGGGAGACGAUGAGCGAGAGAGACAGACAGAGAGUUAGUGUGGACUGGAGGCUGGUCCUUCACUGGUCUUCAUCUGCUGUUCCUUCAGCAUUGACAUGGUCCUGUUACAAAGAAAAAUAAUACAACGUUUAAAUGCUAUAGUUUUGAAAUUAUUUGAAUUUUUAAAGCAUCAAGGUUUUGUAAAUGAUCCUUUAUGAGAGGGGGAGAUGAGUAUUGAUAUACUUUGUACACACAUUUAAUCUUGUAAAAAAAAAAAAAAAGACAAUUAAAAAAAAUUUGAAACCAUUUAAAAGAUUGCUGUUGACUGGUGCGUGAGAACUAUUGGCCUUUGUUUUGUUUUUUUUGUUUUUUGUUUUUUUAAACAGACUCAGCCAGCAUUAUCAGUGUUUUUCAAUUCUUUUGGUAUCUCAGUAUUUUCUAGUUCAUCAAUAAACAUCAUAAAAUGGAA